UCAAAUCUUUCAACCAAACUCGAAUCUAAAAAAAAGUUAAAAAUCAAAUCUUUAUUCCCGCCGAGAGAGGGAGAGAUGGAGGAAGAGGUGAAGAGGCUGAGCAAGAGCUUGGGAGGAUUCUGCAAACAUCUCCAAAGCAGCUGCGAUGCUUUCAAUCAAUCUCUCCAGCGUCGCCCUAUCCCUCUCGAUUCGGCUUCGUCGACGUUCAUCAAGAGCCUUAACCGUCGGCUCUCCACAGCUGGCUCCGAGCUGAACUUCCUUGAGUCAAUGUCUUUUGGAACUGUCUCCUUCGAGGAGCUUUUGGGUCAUUGCAAUCAGAUCUACAAAAGUAACCAAGAGGAGGUUCUGAAUCUCCAGGAACGUCUCGCUGACUUCGGCUACGUUGCUGGAGUUGAGAUCGAUGAAGAGUCUGAGGAUUCGGAUGAUGAUUUGGAGUCUCCUUCAUUGCAACCUUCAGUCCUGAAAAGAUUAGACGAGGAUGAUCUUCUAGAUGAUUCUCCAAAUUUCAAGAGCCUUGGGCUUUCAGAUGCUUGUCUUGCAACUUUAGCUUCGGAAAGUAAGGCAGCGAGGUUUGUCUCGUCUGCUGUGAAGGAUCCUUACACGUCUCUGGAAGAAUCUGUGAAGGGAAAACCAGUUGAGACUAGUGCUCUACCUGUUCCAAAGACGUCAGAGCUUUCCAAUGAAGAUGAGGUUGGGGCAGUAGAGAUGGGUAGGACUUCAAGGCCAACUAUAACAUUGAUAAAAGAUGAAUAUGAAAGUCUUCCUUCUUUCAUGAAGGCUCUAGCAUCAUGGGAGGAUCUGCUUAGUGCCGUGGAGAAAUUCAACUCAGUCCUUUGUAACAAGAAAGAAACAAACGGGUCUUACUACUUCCGUGCAGAUGAACUGCCAACUCUAGGCCUUGGGCAUAAGGAGAAAGCGUACACGUUACUACUGACACGGAUGAAGAGAUUAGUGGUUGAGACAACGGAGGGUGUUGUAUCCUACAGAGUUGCAUAGUGCUAUCAUCAACACAGUUUGAUAUUUCAUAUAGGAGUUCUUUGUCUUUUAGAAAAAUCUUCAUAUCGAAGCAGCUUUUAUCUAUUGAUUUGUGUAUCAGUAGUCAAAAACAUCUUAAACCAGAAAUGUCCUUUAAAAUUACAAAUGUUUCGGUAUUC